AUGCCUCUCCGCCGCCGCGAGGACUCAGCGCCCACUGCAUAUACCGUGCCAAACACGGGCAAAUGGGAUGGCAACGACGGCUCCUGGUCCACUUUUCGCCUGAGCGUUGGUACGCCGCCGCAGGAAUUCCGGGUCCUCGUAUCGACGCGCGGUCACGAGACGUUUGUGCCCUUGCCUGAGGGCUGCACUGCAGACGAUCCCUCCAACUGUGCCUCUUCGCGCGGCGCCGAGAUUUUUGGCAGCUCCCAGAAUACGGGCUUCCAGACGAAUAAGUCGUCAACAUGGGAGGAGAUGGCCAUUUACAACCUGGGCCUCGAAGACGACCUCGGCGUGAGUGCCAAUGGCCUGUAUGGCUACGACACGCUGCGUCUUGGCGGCAGCUCAGACAACAGCGCCUUGCAAUUAAGCCAUCAAAUACUUGCCGGAGUAGCCAACAAAAACUUUUACAUGGGGCUCAUCGGCUUAAGCCCCAUCUCGUCCACUUUUGAUACCACAAGCUCUUCUGUCACCAGCUUUUUCAACAACCUGAAGACAAAUAAUUCCAUCCCGAGCCGGUCAUAUGCUUACACGGCCGGAGCUCGCUACCGAAAUAAGAAGGUCCCUGGAAGCCUAAUACUGGGCGGCUACGACCAAGCUCGCUUCAAAUCGCCCCCACAGUUCAAUUUCACUUUUGCCGAUGGCGACACCAGCAACCUGAUGGUUGGCGUCCAGUCCAUCACCGCAUCUAACAGUCUCAUCGGCGUUGCUGCCAUGACCCAUGCUGGCCAUUUGUCCCUCAUCGACUCAACAGUUUCUGAGCUCUGGCUGCCUGAGGACGUGUGUGAAACCUUUGCCCAAAACUUCGGCCUGACCUUCGACAACGUCACCGAGCGCUAUCUCGUGAACGACACCAUCCAUCAAAAGCUAACCGACCUCAACCCCGAAUUCACCAUCAAGCUCGGCAACCAAAUCUACACCAGCGACACCAACAGCACAAACAUCGUGCUCCCCUACGCCGCCUUCGACCUCGAAAUCGGAUAUCCCAUCUAUCCGAACAACACCAGAUACUUCCCCAUCCGCCGCGCCGCAAACGACUCGCAGUACCGCCUCGGCCGGACCCUCCUCCAGGAAGCCUACCUGAUCGUCGACCACGAGCGGCGAAACUUCACCGUAACCCAGGUAAACUUCCCCGAGACGUCCCCGGAUCCCGACAUCGUGACGAUCCACUCACCCGGCGACGACGGCGACGACACGUUCGGCGAGGCGACCGGGCUCAGCACCGGCGCCACGGCCGGCAUCGCCGUCGCCGCGUCCGUCGUCGGCGUCUUCCUGAUCGUCGCCAUCAUCUUCUGCUGGCGCCGCCGGAGCAAGCGGCGGAAGGACGCCCAGGCCGCCGCCGCGUGGCAACAGCAGCAACAGCAGCUGCACCAACAGCAGUACGGCCAACACUUCGAGCUGCAAGGCCAAGAAGGCAAGCCGUACGAUGCGUGGCACGGCACGCCCGUCGAGAGCGACAACAGGGAGAUCUGGGAGAUGCAGGGCACCAAGAUCGACGACCCGCACAAGCAGCGCCGCAUGCAGGAGCUGGACUCGGGCCAGAACAGCGCCCACGAGUUGCCUAGCCCGCCCGUCGUGUACGAGAUGGCUGCCAGUAGCCCCAACAACAACCGCCGUGCUGCGAACGAUCCGAAAGAUCAGCGGUUUUCGUGGCAGAAUUGA